GUCCUCGUUCCGCCCGCAGCGCAUUCAGUCUCCGAGUGCCUGCCGACCGUCGUAGUUGUGUUAACGCGCGCGCGCGCGUAUCUCAGAGUGUGUGAAAUAGUUCGUGUCGCGUCCUUAUUUCGUCCGAUAAUAAUAAUAAUAAUAGUAAUAUUAUUAAAAGUAGUAUUAUUAUUAUAUAUUCUAGAUAUACGUCGUGUGUUGCGUGCGCGAAUGGUGCGUGUGUUUUUCUCGAGUGCGCGCGUGACGGAUACGAGUACGAAUAAAAUCGGAGGUGAAUUUUCGACGAAAUUUUUUUCGCUGUUUUUUUUUUAUUAGAUAUUACAAUAAUAUCUGUUCUCCCGCCGCCUCGCCACCAUGCCCGUUCGUUGAUGUCUCUUUUCCGCGAUCGCACAUCGCAAAUGGUGUCCAGGCGGUGACGGCGAUCGAACGCGUGUCUCUUGCGUUCCGGCCCCCCCUUCACGUCCGCGUGAAAGACAACCGCCCCCCCGGCCAACGCGCCCACAUCCGCCCCCCGGGACCGUCAUGGCUCUAACGUCCGCCGCGGUGCUCGUCAGCUCGGUGCUGCUGGUCAUGUCGGCGUCGCUGAGCAAGACGCUCCGGCACAAGCCGCCCAACGAGUGCGAGUGGCUGGCCGUGACUACAUACGGCGACGAGACGAUCGCGUCGCAGACCGUGUCCGACGAACAGGAGGUGGCCCUGCACUGCCGUGUGCGGACCAUGAACUCCGAGUUGGAAAAAACCAAUUUUAGUAUAAUACAGCCGCAGUACACGGUCAAACUGAAGAUCGAGUGCAACUCGCAGCUGUACCUGCUCAGCUCGCUGGGCACGGGCACGUUCCAGACGCUCAUCGAUCUCAAGGAGCUGACGAUCGACUCGUGCAAGCUCAACAGCCUGGGCCGGGAAUCGUUCCGCGGUCUUCGGCAGUUGCGCAACCUCACGGUCGUCACUCACAACAACGACUGGACGUCGGUCAACAUGGAAGUGCAGUCCGACACGUUCCUGGAGGAGCUCAAUAUGCUCGAGCGACUCGACUUGAGCCACAACAACAUCGCCAAGUUGCCGGAGGGCGUUUUCUGCUCUCUGCAGAAUCUCGUCUACCUGAACCUCACCCGGAACCGACUCCGGCAUCUCGAGCUUUUCCACUUCGGAUCGUCCGGGCAGCACAAGUGCGGUGCCAACCUCCAGGUGCUCGACCUGUCGUACAACAACUUCGACUCGAUCAACUCGCAAGUGUUCUCGCACCUGACCAACUUGCAGGACUUGCACUUGCAGGGCAACGUUAUAUCGGUGAUCGGCGACCACGGUUUCGACGGUCUGUCCGCGCUGUCCGUGCUGAACGUCGCCUCCAACCGGCUGGUCAAUCUGGCGCCCGAGUUGUUCGCGGACACCCGCGACUUGCGCGAGAUGUACCUGCAGAACAACACCAUAAACGUGCUCGCACCCGGGCUGUUCAACGAGCUGUCCCGGUUGUUGGUGCUGGACCUUUCCGAAAACCAGCUGACCGAGGAAUGGGUGAACGCGGCCACGUUUACCGGUCUCGUGCGACUCGUGUUCCUGAGCAUGUCCAACAACAACAUAACUAAAUUGGACGCGAUGAUAUUUCGAGAUUUGUACCGGCUACGAUCGUUACGACUGGAUAAUAACGGUGUUCAGUACUUGCCGGAGAACGUGUUUUCGUCGCUGAUAGACAUGAGAACGUUGGUGCUUUCCAGCAACAAAUUGACCAGAAUCGAUCAGUUCACGUUCGACGGUCUGCCCUCAUUAAACCAACUAUCGCUCGAUAACAAUCAAAUACAGUACAUCGAUCCGGAGGCGCUGAGGAACUCUACCGAUUUGGAAUACUUACACCUCAACGGAAAUAAACUGUACGAUAUACCGGCGGUUCUGAAUAAUAUUCCCAAUCUGAAAACGUUGGACUUGGGCUACAAUCAGAUCACCGACAUAUUCAACACGUCGUUUCCGGCCAUGAGUCAGCUCAUAGGGUUGAAAUUGUUGAAAAAUCAAAUAUCAAACGUGUCCAAGGGUGUUUUCGACAGAUUACCAGAACUGCAUCUCAUCAACCUCGCCAAUAAUAAAAUCCAAAAAAUAGAAGCCGGCACUUUUGACAACAACACCAGACUGGUGGCGGUCAGGGUGGACGGCAAUUAUUUACGGGACGUCGGUGGCCUAUUUUCCAAACUGUCGAAUCUCGUAUGGUUAAACAUAUCGGAAAACUUUUUAGAAUGGUUCGAUUAUGCUCUAAUACCAACGGGCUUACAGUGGUUAGACAUACACGGCAAUCAAAUCACCGAACUCGGAAAUCACUACGAGUUGGAAACGCAACUGACCGGAUUCGACGCCAGUAACAAUAAAUUGACUGAAGUGACUGGUAGUUCGAUCCCGGAUAAAGUACAAAAUCUGUAUCUGUCGAACAAUCAAAUUUCAAAAAUACAAUCGUACGCGUUUUUCAAAAAACCAAAUCUCACGCAAGUGGACCUGACCGGAAACCGAUUGAAAACGCUGAACCCUCAAUCGCUCAGGAUAUCGACGGUUCCGGUGGGUCGGAAUAUGCCGCAGUUCCUAGUCGGCAACAAUCCGUUUGUGUGCGACUGUUCGAUGCAAUGGCUACAGGCGUAUAGUGUCGAACCCGAUCGGAACAAACCCAAACUAGUCGACUUGGAGACGGCCACGUGCGAGGUCAUAUACAAUCGAGGCGAGUCCCGGGUACUGUUGAAAGAAGCGUCCGAAGAACAGUUUUUGUGUCAAUACGACAUGGAGUGUGCGAAACGUAGCACGUGCGAUUGUUGCGACUUCGACGCGUGCGAUUGCAAAAUGAUAUGUCCGACGAACUGUACGUGUUUCCACAGCGUCAGUUCCACGUCGAACGUGGUCGACUGCUCGAGCGCUGGUUACAUAAACCGGGUGCCCGAAAAAAUACCGAUGAAUACCACGGUUUUAUAUUUGGACGGCAAUACAAUCAAGACUCUGAGCACACACACGUUUUUGGGCAGAAAAAUCUUGAAAGUCCUGUACUUGAAUUCUUCGAACGUGGAGCGCGUGCAAAAUCGGACGUUCCACGGACUCAAGGAACUGGAAGUGCUACACUUGGACGACAACCGUAUAUCCACAUUGUACGGUGACGAGUUUUACGGGCUGGACAAGCUCAAGGAGCUCUAUUUAAACCACAACCGCAUAACGUACAUAAAUAGCACGACAUUCCGUUUCCUGCAACAGCUGACCAUUCUCCGGUUGGACCACAACCGGAUAGCUCAGUUCCCGGUGUGGAGACUGUCGCCGACGCUGACUCAUCUGACGCUCGCCGAGAACCAGUGGAGUUGCGCGUGCGAUUUUGUUCAACAAAUGAAAGAGUUCCUACAAUACGCUGCCGACGCGGUGGUGGACGCCGAACAAGUCCGUUGCCUCGACCACUCGGGGGGGUACAACAUAAACAGCGACAACGGCACGGUUUGCGGGCCUACGACCCCUUCGUCGGUCGAAAAACCGUUCAACACGUCGUCCAACACUAUCGAAGGAGCGCUCAACGGCGGUAACCUGACCACGCCUACCAAGACCAUAAUCCAAAGGCCGGACAUUCAGGAUUACAUACCGAUCCUGAUAGUUUCCUUUUCGGCCGUGUUCUUCAUCAUUGUCGCCGCCAUGAUGGUGUACGUUUUCCGACACGAGAUGAAAGUCUGGUGUCACUCCAGAUUCGGCGUGCGGAUAUUUUGCAAAAGCACCGAGUUCGAAAUGGACGAGCGGGAUAAGUUGUUCGACGCGUUCGUCAGCUACAGUUCCAAAGACGAGGCGUUCGUCAUCGAAGAAUUGGCUCCGAUACUGGAAAAUGGCGACCCGUCGUACAAGUUGUGUCUGCACUACAGAGAGUUUCCAGCCGGUGGUUACAUAUCCGACACGAUCGUGCAGGCGGUCGAAUCGUCCAAACGCACGAUAAUGGUGCUAUCGGAGAACUUUAUCAAGUCGGAGUGGUGUCGGUUCGAAUUUAAAUCCGCACAUCAUCAAGUUCUCCGGGAUAAGAGGAAGAGACUGAUCGUUAUACUACUGGGAGAGGUGCCCAACAAAGACCUAGAUCCGGACAUCCGACUCUACCUCAAGACUAAUUCAUAUCUGCAGUGGGGCGACAAACAUUUCUGGGAAAAGCUGAAAUUCGCGCUUCCGGACGUCCCGAACAACCAAAGGCCGAAAGCAAUCAACCACAAGCAUCACCACCACCAUCAUCACCAUCACAGAGGGGUACACAACAACUACUCAAGACCGCUUGCCAUUCAUAUAUAGUACACGGUAUGAAAAUUCAAAACUUAUCUUGCCUAAUAAUUAAAUUUGUGAUAUUAGAUAGUGACUAUUUUGUAAAAACAAACAAAAAAAACAAAAAUGUAUUUGUACAGUGUAUAUAUGGCUUAAAUGCCUACCACUCCUGCAUAAUUAUUAAUUAUUGUAUUUAAAUACGAUUAUAUUUAAGAUGUUUCUUUUAUAACCUUUUUUUAAACUUUUCUUUUUUGUAAAAUAAAAUGUAAAGAUCAUGAAUAAAAUGUCCUCCCAGUCAUUACUAUUAGGUUAUAAUAUUAUUAUUUCUUAAAUUCAAACGUGUUGUAGCCCUUUAUUAAAUAUGUAUUAAAUUAAUUUGACUCUUUGAACGCAAAUCUAAGUGUAUUUUUUUAUCAAUAAGUACUUAAUGUUUAGUACAAACUUAAUUUUUGAGGUGAAAAAGUAUGCAGAUUAUAUAUUUUGAAAAAAAAGAGAGUUGCCAUAUACACAUAAACUAGUUAUUUGCUGACAAAGAGUUAAAUGACGAUUUUGAGAUAUAUCGCGGGGUUAGUUACCUAGUCUAAGAAAUAUCUUGUACGUUUGUUAGUAUUAUGUUUUUAACUAUUAACCCGAUUUAUUGUAAAAUCUACGUUUUUAUCAACGUGAACUAAAAACAAUGCCAUUUUUUACUAUUGUUUUUUUUAUAUAUAUUAUUAUUUUUAUUUAUUUUCUUACAAUGAAGACUAUAAACUUCUAGGCACUAGAACAUUGUUGUGAUAUAUUUUUGUUAAUUUAAUUGACUGGUACUCAAAAAAAAACGAGAACCCAGCGAAUAAUAAAAAAAAACAUAAAAUUUAA